UGGUUAAAUUUAACCUUAAAUAAAAUAAAGAAAUAAUUACUAAGGCUAGAGAGCUGCGAUUUGGUGAGUUUGAUGAUUGGAGGGUGGAUGAUCAACGUGUCAAUUUGCAGCCCUCUGGCCUCCGUGGAUUUUACGAUCUGAGGGCGGACGGACAGACAAAGACGGCCCAUAGGCUGGAUACGAAAACUGAGAAAAGUAUUUGAGGUGCGGUUGGUACCCCUGGUUAAUCUAAUCUUUCCACAAGAUUUGGCAGCGUUGGCACGCCUGACUAAUCUAAUCAUUCAUCAGAUACGUCCAAAGGUGAGUUACUCCUGUAAUUGGUCAGUGUUCUUUGCAGAUCGUCAUAAAAUCACGCUGGAAAAUAAGGCAGCUUCAACUCGUCACUCUUCAGUGGAAGUCGUCAGCGCAUUCUCAAGUGCAGCAGACCAUCCCAGCAGCCUCUGAUCUUCUCCUCCAGCGAGAAUGAGUGCGCCCACCCAUCAGACCGUUGGGAAACCGCCUCCGCCCAAUGCCAUCUCUACUCUUCUCAGCAAAGAAGAAAAUGAGAAUUUCUUCAAGGCUUUACAGCCAAGAUGUCAGUCUCAGGCCACAGCCGUAGUCGAGGUGUACGGCACUGUGCCUACGAAUCAUAACGUCUGGAGCAAACUUGGCGUUGGCAUUGCGGCUUUCGUAAAGGAUAACGCCCGGAGAUCUUAUUUCAUUCAGGUGUUCGACAUUCAAGUCUGCACUCAACAGACGCACAGUCUGCCGCCCUUGUUGAUGGAACAGGAGAUCUAUAGAGAAUUUGCUUACAGUGUGUCAAGGGAGUUUUUCCAUCAGUUUGAGGGGGACGAGAGAAUGAUAGGCUUGAAUUUCGCAGCCAUGGACGAAGCUCGGCUCUUCAGCGCAGCCGUCCAGAAUCUCCUGAUGGGGAGGCAAAAGAGGCGCGAAGAAAGGAAGAGGGAAGCGAUGCUGAGUCAGCAGAAGCGGAUGCUGCGACAGCAGCAGGAACAGCAGUAUCAAGAGAAGGUCAGUCAGCAUCGCCGUCAGCAGCAACAGCAACAAGAUCUGAAAGAACAGCAGCAAUCGAAGGCUUCGAAAUAUCGAACCAUCAGAGGAAUGAAGAAGCUGAUGGACAAGUAUGGGAAUCCGUACAAAGAGAAACCAAGGAGGCUCGAAAUUGGUCGACCUACUGAUUUUAAGCACAUCAGUCAUGCUGGCUUAGAUUCUGCAUUCAACAUCAACUCAGAUAUUGAGGAAUUGUUAAAGAAUAUCGGAUUUGAUAAACAGAUGUCCGAGCCCAAAACUCAGAGAUACGUUAUGCAAUACAUCGAAAAUGUUGGUGGUAUGGAUGAAGUCCGCAAGAUGAACAGAAAGCUCUCGACCAAUCGUGGAGUGGAACCCUAUCCACCGCCAAGCAGAAGAGCCGGUACUGCCUCUAAGCUCAGUCGUAGCUUCCCGGACAUAGAAGAGGACAGGUCUCCCAGUUCUAGCUUCAGCAUGCCGCCACUAGAGGCGCCACCAGUUUUGCCACCAGAAUAUUCCAACUACCGCCCUCCCUUGCCUCCGAGAGACGCGCCCUCUGGAACAAGUCUAGCCAACGCUCCUGUUCCCCCGCCACCUAGGAGUGCAUCUCAUCAUUCAAGUCAAGGAAGAGUACCGUCUUUAUAUUCGUCAAAAGCAACUCCCACGGAAGGUCACCAACGUUUCCCCACUACUCCUAGUGGCCGUCAGCUACCAGUCAUACAGGGCGGGGCAAGUGCAGGACAUUCUCGACCGUCGCAGGCGCCCAGUAAAUCUGGUACUACACGUACUCCUCACUCUCCGCCAAUCGAAGCUUUCUCAAGCUAUGGUGUUACACCACCUACUCCACCGUUACCUAGACCUCCCCCACCCACAUAUGGCAACAGUGGACCAACACCUCUUUCACUGCAUACGUCAGGUGGUUAUGGAUCAUCUUCUCUUUCGCCUUCUGUAUCCAGUGGAAAAGUACCAGCAAUACCUGCACAGUUCCCAAGGGGUAAGGGAUCAGUCCCUGCUUCUCCAUCCAUACCCAGUGUUAGUGGAUCAGUGCCAAUUCCUCCACCAAUGCCAAGUGGAACUGGAUCAGCACCAGUCCCCCCACCAAUGCCUAGUAUGAGUGGGUUAGUGCCAGUUCCUCCACCAACGCCAAGCAACAGGGGAUCAGCACCAGCUCCUCCACCAAUGCCGUAUAGUAAUGAAAUGGCUGCUCGUCCUCAAAAGAUGGCCCAAGGUAGUGGAUUUGUUCCUUCUCCUCCUCCUCCUCCUCCGCCUCCUCCUCCUCCUCCUCCUCCUCCUCCUCCUUCUUUGCCAAGUAUGACAGGACGUGCCCCUACCAGAAGCAAUCCGAGUACACCUGACGACCAGCAUUCAGCUUUUCUGCAACAGAUUCGAGGAGGUCAUAAUUUGAAGACUGCGUCUGCUCCUCUGCCCCCGAAGAGAGAGGCUCCGAGUGACGCCAGAAGUGAAAUGUUGGAAAGAAUCCGGACUGGGGUGACCCUGACCCACGUCGAAGCUCCGGGGUCGAAGGACGAAGGCUCAGACGCUCCAGUCAAACUGGAAGGCUGGGCGCUGGACCUCCACAAUGAGCUGAAGAAGCGAGAGCAGUUCAUUCAGUCUUCUGAUGACAGCGGUGACGAAGUCGAUGACUACGAUGACGAAUGGGAUGACAGUGACUAGAAACAAAUGAUAGUGAUAGAGGCAAAUGAUAGUGACUAGAGGGAAAUGAUAGAGACUAGAGACAAAUGAUAGUGACUAGAGGCAAAUGAUAGUGACUAGAGACAAAUGAUAGUGACUAAAGGCAAAUGAUAGUGACUAGAGACAAAUGAUAGUGACUAGAGGCAAAUGAUAGUGACUAGAGGCAAAUUAUAGUGAGUAGAGGGAAAUGAUAGUAACCAAAGGCAAAUGAUAGUGAGUAGAGGCAAAUGAUAGUGACUAAAGGCAAAUGAUAGUGUGUAGAGGGAAAUGAUAGUGACUAAAGGCAAAUGAUAGUGACUAGAGACAAAUGACAGUGACUAAAGGCAAAUGAUAGUGACUAGAGGCAAAUGAUAGUGAGUAGAGGCAAAUGAUAGUGACUAAAGACAAAUGAUAGUGAGUAGAGACAAAUGAUAGUGA